CAGUCAUUCAUCACUCUCUUAUACUUGAAUCAGAACUAAGGAAUCCUAAGGAAAGAAAUGGCACAGAAAGUGGGACCUUUUGGUGGUAACAAAGGAGAUGCAUUCGAUGAUGGUGUUCUUGGUUACACCGGUGUGAAGAAAGUGACUGUUGCUGAAAACGGGAACGGUGUUGAUUGUAUCAAGAUAGAAUACGAGAAAGAUGGAACGUUCGAGACACAUGCAUGGAAGCGUUACCGGAAUACUCAAAGAGGUAUAUAUGACAUUGCAUCUCACUAACAAUAUUUGAUUAUUUACUCUCUAUUUUAAUUUAAAUGUUCUUUUUUUUUGUUCCAGUUUGAGCUUAACUAUCCAGACGAAUACAUCACAUCAAUUCAAGGAACCUACAGCAAUGUUGCGAGAUACAACACAACGAUCGUGAAGACACUGACCUUCAAGACAUCACACGGCAGAACAUCUCCCAUGUUUGGUAACACGGCUAUUUUCUCGACAGACUUUGUGGUGGAAGGUAAAGCUGGAGCAAAGCUUAUAGGGUUCCAUGGAAGGUCUGGCUCUGCUCUCGAUGCCAUAGGAGCUCACUUUUUCGCGUCGGCUUCUCCUCUAAAGCAUAUAGAACCUCGUGGUGGAUUCGGAGGAAACGCUUGGGAUGAUGGAGUUUAUGAUGGUGUAAGAAAAAUCUCGGUGGGACUAAACUGUGGCAACGUUAGCUAUGUUAGGUUCAAGUAUGUUAAAGGAAGCACGUCGGUGAAGCAUUCUCAUGGCAAGAUGAGCGAAGAACCUAAAGAGUUUAAGGUGGAUUAUCCAAACGAGUACGUUACAUCAGUGGAAGGGACUUAUAACUUUUGUGGUGAUGUGACCUCGCUAACUUUCAAAACAUCAAAAGAGAGAGUUUCUACUGGGUUUGGAAGAUCAUCAUCAGGUUCGAAAUUUGUACUUGCGGUGAAAGAUCACAUGCUUGUCGGGUUCUGUGGCAGGAACUAUUGUCACAAAGCUUUAAGAAUGAAAUCACAAGAACUCUCACUUUAUUGCUUCAGAAAACUAGCUCAAAAACUUAAGCUUCUCACAAUCAAAAAUCUCUCUCAAAUCUCAAUCACAAGAACUCUCACUUUAUUGCUUCAGAAAACUAGCUCAAAAACUUAAGCUUCUCACAAUCAAAAAUCUCUCUCAAAUCUCAUCUUUCUCUCGACAUCUUUAUAUAUAGAUGUUUACAAUCAUAAUCCUAUAAUUAUUCUCAUAAGUGAAUAUAUCUUAAACUCAUCAUU